AUGACCUCGCGCGUCCAGAUACCAUUUUCUGACUUGGCUUCAUUACCGACAUAUUCGUCUGCAUCUACCAAGCGCCUGCGGUCACUCUACGCAGAUAUAUCCCGCCAGAAGAAGUCAAAUCCGUCUUCAUACCAGUCUAUCGUAACAUGGUGGCACACGACGUUGCAGGCCAUUCUGGCCAAGGGCUGGCAACCACGCUCGACAGAUAAACUCAUUCUCCACGCUGAUCCGGCUGUCCUACCUGAAGCGCUAAGAUAUGAAGGGACCGGGAAGCCUUUAGGGCUAGGCACAGUCAUCACCGAACUAGCCGCUGCAAGACAUAUCCUUCCCUUUACACAGUUCGUGAACUCGACACAAUCCGUUUACGAACCCGGCUGGCUACCAUACCGCAUCGCGUCGUAUGUCAUCGGCAAACCUUUGUGGUGGGCACUCUCGCAAGCUGGCGUGGUUUCGUCUGGUGAAGAUGAGAGUGAUACGGUGAGGUGGAAGAAAGCGAAGGGCGAUUACGUUGUGUUGGCCUUGCUCGAGCAGGCUGCAGACGCAGUCACAGCACGUCAAGCUGAUGCUGGGGUGAACCUUGCGGAUGCCCUCUACGACUUCGCCUCCUUCAGGGCUGCGUUCGCAGAACAUGCAUUGCCAGAUGUGACGCUAUCUGACGCAGACCUUCGUGUGCUCGUAAAGUUCCUACAACGAGAUCGCAAGGUUCUUGUCUCCGACAAAGAGGUUCUCAAGUUUGUCGACGAGGCCACUGGCGCUCCAGAAGUUACGGGGGUGGACCAUGGAAUACUUGAGCUCAAGACCGCACUCGGUAACCUACAAGCGCAAGUCGAAGGUUUGCAACGGAAGAUCGAGGCUUGCACUGCGAAAGCACAGGCUGCCGUGAAGAACAAACAGCAGGACAUCGCAAAGACUUACCUCCGUUCGCGCAAGCAAUUGACUGAGUUCCUGACUCAGCGUCUGGGUGCGCUGGAGACACUGCAGAGCACUUUGCAACGUGUAGAGGCUGCGGCGGACAACAUACAGAUCAUGAAGACCUACCAGUCGUCGACCGCAACUCUUCGCACUUUACUCAACGAUCCCGCCCUACAACGCGAGUCUGUCGACAAGACGCUCGAAGCCCUCGCAGAUGCACACGCGGAUGCCAAGGAGAUCGAGGACGUAGUGACAGUGGGUGGGAAGGUCGCCGGCGAAGCUGCAGGCUACGAGAUCGACGAGGACGAGCUCGCCGACGAGCUGGAGAAGCUUGCCCUCGAGGAACGCGAGAAGGACGAGAUGGCCAGACUAGAGAAGGACCAGAAGGACCGAGAACCUGCGGAUACAGAGCCACCUUCACCCGCCUCGGAGGAUAAAGCCCAACUUAGGAAGGACCAGGAGAGGGUGUUAGUAGCCGAGUGA